AUGUUGCUGAACUGGAAGACCUCCAAGGCGUUGCGGCUGCUGGUAUUGCCAGUUUUGUUUAUCAUCUACUGUACCCUUGCGCAGCUCCGAGAUCACAGUGACGCAACUCAUUACAAUACCGCCACAGGCGCAAUUAACAUCACUGCGGCGAAGUCAACUUUCAGCUCGGAGGUGAAAGACUUCUGGAAAGAACUUGCUCCUGCCCUGGAAGAUGCGCGUCCUCGAUGCUCCGCCAUCAAGGUCGACGAAGGCAAUCCAACUAGCCUAGAGACUUCCUGGCAGCCGCUGAAUAUCUCCAAAACUCCUCCACAAAGAUUAGUGGACUUUACCGAUCAACACGAGAUCGCGUUAUUCAAAUCUCACUACCGCAUGCGUGCUUCAUCGCAGCGUCUUGCGCCGCGCCUUACUUUCUCUCGAGGCAAGCAAGGAAUCGUCACGACUGCAAAUGCAAAGUACAUGCCUAUCUUCCUGGUGUCGCUCCGCAUGCUACGAAGGACCGGUUGUAAUCUCCCCGUGGAAGUCUUCAUAGACGACUGGACCAAGUACGACCCAAUCAUCUGCGAAACCGUUCUCCCUUCUUUGAACGCAGCUUGCGUGGUUCUUUCUGAGAUCUACGACACUGCUCCGGGGAUACCACAGCCCACCACCUAUCAGUACAAACUCUUCGCGAUUUUGUUCUCCUCCUUCCAGCAUGUGCUCUUCCUCGACACGGAUGCCUUUCCUGCACACGACCCAACCCCUCUCUUCACUACCGCUCCAUACACAACUCACGGUCUCGUUGUCUGGCCCGACCUCUUCGGCUUGACAAUCCAUGAGCACUACUACCACAUCGCCGCAAUUCCAUACGAGUCGCCCUCCGCUCGCCCCUCAACAGAAAGCGGUGUCGUCCUGCUCGACAAAGACAAACAUCGCGAGUCUUUCCUGAUGAUGAUGUACUACAACUACUUUGGCCCAGACUACUACUACCCUCUCCUCUGCCAAGGCUCACACGGCGCCGGGGACAAAGAGACGUUCGUGCAGGCCGCCAUGGCCGUCGGAGCACCAUGGUACCAAGUCCGAACCGGCGUAACAGCCGUAGGAUACCACGACGCAGGAGAAUUCCGGCUAAGCGGCAUGGCACAAUCAGACCCGCGAAGCGACUUCCUCUACAAGCCCCCGACCAAAAGCCACAUGCACCCCGAAAGCAUCUGGGGCGCCAGCGACAUCGAAAAUGGCGCAAAGCACGACAAGCCCAAGCCCAUGUUCAUCCACCAGAACAUGUUCAAAUUCGACCCCUCUCGCAUCCUCUCCAUGCAUCUCACGACGGCGAAGACGAAGGACGGGAACUACACACGUAUCUGGGGCAACGCAAAGGGCACAAUCGAAACGUUCGGAUACGAUGUCGAGCGGCGCGCGUGGGAGGUCAUGAUCGAGGAGGGCUGCAGACUCGAUAUGCACAGCGAGUCCUGCGUCGAGUUACGGAAAUACUUUGUCACGGUGUUUGGUGCGCUCGACGGUAUCGACCCGAAGAGAUAG